UCACCCGCCAUCAUCAUCAUACCAUGAUCACGCGACGCCUCCUGCGGCCCUCCAGCCGCUUCACACAAUCGCCAUGGACCUGUGCAGCAUGCACCCAGCGCAUUCCCUUCAUCACUCCGCCGCCACAAGCGACAGCGACGACGACGACGAUGAAGACCACAACGCGCUCUCUCUCCGCCUCUUCCCGUCUACAGGAACACCGCGUUCCUCCUCUUGCCUUCCAUGAUACUUUUAUGGAGAAAGGCUUGUCAAGAAAGAUAUCGGAAACCGAGAUGGGAGAGGAGUUAUUGUCCCCGACAGGCUACUACAUAGCCUGGGUGCAAUACCAGACGCUUCUGACGCAGAAGCUCAACGAACUGACGGCAGGUCAAGACUUUGCCGACAAAACUCCCCUGGAUCUGGCUCUCAUCUUCGCUCGCGAUCCGCUCAAUGCCGCCCUCUUCAACCACGCUAGCAUGGCUUUCAAUAACCACUUCUUCUUCAAUUCGCUGUCCCCUGCACCCCUCACUCUCGCCCAGACCCCGCAGCUCACCGAGAGUCUGGUCCAGACGUUUGGGAGCAUCGAGACCCUACGCGCCACUAUGAUCGACACUGCCGCCUCCAUGUUCGGUCCCGGGUUUGUCUGGCUCGUCUGGGCAAGAGAUCCGGCCUCGUCAUCACGAUCCUCCACCACCUUCUCCUCGAGAGGUGGGAGCUGGAGGAUAUUGACCACCUAUCUCGCCGGCACGCCAUUCCCGGAAGCCGGUUACCGACAGCAAGGCCUCGACAUGAGCAAUAACAACCCCAAUAGCUACCAGGCAUAUCUGCAGCAACAGACCAGUAUUCCUGGAAACACUGCCGGAAUGUUUGGGCCCUACUCGCAGACGGCGAAGCAGCAGGCCACGAAACCACCAGGCGGUACCAGCGUCAUGCCAGUGCUGUGCGUGAACACGUGGGAGCAUGUAUAUUUGAAUGACCAUCAAAUUUUUGGGAAGAGAAAGUACCUGGAAACCUGGUGGAAUUGUGUGGACUGGGGUUUAGUGCAAGAGAGAGCACCAGGCGAGGCAAAGGGGAUGGAUCGAUUUGAGAGGUCGAGUGCAAGGUAGAAGGUAGUUGCUCUAUGAGAUGCACGCGGAAUCCAUGGUGACCGCGAUCAAAGAGGACAAAGGCAUUGGCAGAAAUGUGAUGACAAAAGGUACGCAGAGGAGGAGGAGGAUGAGGAGACUGCAUGGCACAAGCGAGCAUCAUGUAUAUUGGUCUGGCUCGAUGGGCAGCACACAUGCGCUUGUGGCCGCCGUCUUCUCAGGCUGGAAAAGCAAGUCCAGAUAUGCCGCGACAGACUGAACGACCCGGUCCGGUUCUGUGCGCGAUAUAUUCAUGCGUACCUUAGUUGCUCCGACCAACAGCAUCAAACCGUGUGCUGACAGCAGCAGCAUUAGCAGACGCUGCUUCACGCGUCAACGUGUAUGUACAAUACGACCAGACCUGUUUGUAUAGAAGAGUCGCAUAAAUCAUAUGUACUCUGA